AUGGCUGCGACAGGCACUGGCCGCACAUCUCAGUCAGAGAUUCUGAUUGACCUGGUGGGUCUGGACGUCCAGAGCCCCUCUCCACCAGAGCAGCAACCCCCCACAUCUUCUAUGUCUAUUCCAGCUGACCUGCUGUGUGGGACUGCUGCCACUGAACCUCAGUCUUCAAGCACAAAUGCACCCUCUACAGCACUGUCUCUGCUGGAUGAAGAGCUGCUGUCUUUAGGCCUCAAUGAACCCGCUCCCGUUUCAAGUAAAUCAACAGCACCAACACAUGUAAACCUGAGCAAUCAUUUCCAACCGAUACAGGAUUCCAGUAAGGAUUUGGAUCUUUUUGACACUACUUCACCUCCAGCUCCUGCAUUCUCGACAUCAUCAUUUUUUCCAUGCACCCUCUCUGCAACAGUAACUUCAGUUAGCCCCACCAAGUCUUCAACAACAGCCUCUGCCUUAAGUUUCUCUGGCGCUAUGUUCUCCACACCUUCUGUUUCAACACAGUCUGUCUCAGGAACAUCACAGUCACAGCAGUUGGUCAGUUCAGGAUUAACCAUUACAGCCCCAGCGGCUCUCCCUCAGUCAUACAGCUCAGUCUUGUCUGUUCCAUCAGCCACCGCUGUCACUCAACAACAGGCCUCCGCUGCAGCAGUGCCCUUCCUGUCUUCUUCUCCUUCUUUUAAUAACAAUCUGCAAGACCUAGCCUUGCUUGAUGUGAGCAGUCCUAAAAAUACACCUGGUGUGAUGGAUUUUGGCAGCUUGCUAGCCAAGUGUGAAGAUCUGCAUGCUCCUUUCACCCUGUUGUCCAGUCUUGGAGGCACCUCCACCGCAUCCCAACCUUCACUCAUAGGAGGGAUACCAGGAGGGUCCACUAUUCCACCUGUCAAGUGUCAGGCAGAUGACAGCCCUCUAUUGCGCUCUCUGUCCCCUAUCCUCCCACUUAGCCAGCCAAAUCCAGGCAGUGGAGAAGAGGUAUCGCUGGCCAAUGUUUUUGUACCUUUGGAUGCCAUCAAGCCAAGUAAGGUGUGUCCUGUGACGGCGUAUGACAAAAAUGGUGUCCGUCUUCUGUUGCAUUUUGCCACUGACUGUCCACCAGGCAGGCCUGAUGUUGUGGUGAUGGUGGCAUCUAUGCUUAACACAGCCCCACUGCCCGUCAGGAACAUUGUUCUGCAGGCUGCUGUGCCUAAGACAAUGAAAGUGAGACUGCAGUCACCCUCGGGCACAGAGCUGGCUCCUUUUAACCCAAUCCUUCCCCCUGCUGCCAUCACUCAGGUCAUGCUGCUUGCCAAUCCUCUCAAGGAAACCGUUCGGAUGAGAUACAAACUUACAUUCACGCUGGGAGAGCAGCCACACACAGAAGUGCGGGAAGUGAAUGACUUUCCACCUGCUGACAGAUGGGGGGCUCUAUAGCCCUGCCUACCCUUCAGUCUGUCAGUGCAGCUCAGAGGUCAAGAGAAAGGGCAGUGUUGGAAGACUUAUAGGGAAAAUGUCAUGAAUAUAAUCUAAACUCUAAUAGACAUUUUACAGAGAAUGUCUGCUUGGAUGGCUCAGCUAAGUAGCCAAAGUCAUGACGCAUACAUCCAAUUUAAACUACUCUACAGUUCCAUACAGAUGUGUGCAAUGAUUGAAUGUUGAUGGUGGUUACGUGGGAAAAUCAUUGUUUGGUCAUUUUGAGUAUUGUUAAGUUAUUAUUAUGUUGUUACUAUUACUAUACCCUUUUAUUCUCAUUUAUGCUUUAAUACAUGUACUCCUACCCUUCCAUCAUAUCAGAACUGAUUGGAGUAUACUUGCACUUUUGAAAGUCAGGCAGUCUUAUUAUACAGUAAAACACAUGUAGAAGGAGACUGUGAAACCAGGUUCAUGCCAUCAUGUGAUCAAAACCUG